AUGGAACGUUUCCUGCAGGACCUACCGAGCGCCGACCAGCCGCCAGUCGACUUCAAUCAACAAUACCAUACAGGGCGAGUUCCGAAUAGCAAAGGAAGAGAUGGCAAACCUAGGCUACUCCUCAUGGGACAGAGGAGGAGCGGCAAGUCGUCUAUAGCCAACGUAGUCUUUCACAAGCUGCCUCCAAGCGAAACGCUGUUUCUCGAAACCACUUAUAGAAUCAAGAAGGAGUCGAUGCACUCGUUUAUGGACUUCCAAGUGUGGGAUCUACCUGGUCACCUGGACUACUUCGACCCAGCGUUUGAUACAGACAAUAUCUUCGACGAGAUUGGCGCACUGAUCUGGGUCAUUGAUGCGCAAGACGAGUAUCUUGACGCCAUCGCCAGACUUAACAUGACCAUUCUCAACUUGCAGCACUCGUACCCCAACAUCAAUAUUGAGGUCUUCGUACACAAAGUCGACGGCUUAUCAGACGACUUCCGAGGCGACACGUUUCGCGAUAUCAUCCAGAGAGUGCAAGACGAACUUAGCGACAACGGCUACGAGCAAGCACCUAUAUCAUUUUAUCAGACCAGUAUCUACGACCACUCCAUCUUCGAAGGCUUCAGCAAAGUCAUUCAGAAGCUUAUACCGCAACUACCAACACUCGAAGCGCUGCUCAACAAUCUCUGCGCCGCCUGUAACAUCGAGAAAGCGUAUCUUUUCGACAUCAUGAGCAAGAUCUACGUGGCCACAGAUACCACGCCUACCGACAUAGGCAAUUACGAGAUUUGCUCGGACUACAUCGAUGUUGUCGUCGAUGUGGCUGAGAUCUAUGGCUACGAACGUGACGACCAGACACCGGAAGAGGAGCUACUCGAGAAAGGCAACGGAGACGCCGAGAGCCUGAUCACUAUGGAGCGAAAGGGUGCCAGAUAUUUGUAUCUGCGAGAACUGAACAAGUACCUUGCCCUUGUUUGCAUCAUGGGCGAUGACAGUCCUGCCGAGAAGAAAGCCAUCAUUGACUACAAUGUUGGUGUCUUCCAGGCAGGACUCAAGAAGGUGUUCCCCAAAGGUGACCGGGAAGCUCAGGUGGAAAUUGUAGCUACAAACGAUGGAGCUUCACAAUAG